UUUCCCGAAUUUUAUUUUCAUUCAUGUUCUUUUCGAGUGUCUUCCGUCCGGUUUCUUAGAGCGAAGUUUAUUUUGUUGAAAUCAAUAAACACCUCGGCGGCAGUAAUCUAAUUAGCGCCAUUUCUUGUCGACGUGUCAGAAAACGAACCGUUUAUCAAUCCGUCCGCAAGCGAGCCCCUUUGAAUAAAGCACAGUAUAUAUUAAAUAACUGCACCCAAGGAUUGACGUGAAGAUAGAUGCGAUACACUGUAGUGAACAACAGUGUACAUGAGCAUAAUAAAUCAUGGAACAUUCAAUCACACGUUCGGCAGUCCAGUAGUCAAUCUGGCGCUCGUAGCAAGGAACGUUAUGAUGAAUGACACACGUGUGCAAAACCGUAUGAGUGGGAAGGCACGUGCGGCCUGGUGAAAGUGCUCGUAUCAUUCCAGUGCAUUGUGAUGUACUGUGGUUGUGGAUACAUAUUUUACAAACUAUACUUACGACUCAAUUUUGCGCCACUAGACAGUUUAAAUCCGGUUUUGAGGAUUUCUUGUGCGUAUUAUUACUCAUGAAAUGGAUACACGGUCUUGUGUGUUUAUUAAAUGUAGGUGGCGGUUGCCCUAGAAGUGGUGAAAUCGUCUCACAUGUUCCGUACAAAGGUACCACCGUGUAGAAUUACACUUCAAGAAGCCUUACGGAAGAAAUGAAUCUGCUUUUGGAUAUGCUUAGUGCUAACUUUUUACUUGCCAAUAAGCAAGCUUUGUGUAGCUCUAUUGAAUUUUUUUUACAAUAUUUAGAAAGAGUCGAAAAGUGAAAUAUAUACUGGCUUGGUGAACUUUUAGCAAACAUUAAGCUCUACCAUCACGGAAAUUGAACCGAAUUUUGAUAAAGUCUGGAUACAGCGUUAUCGUUCACCUGACGGUAGACAACGGGUAAACAAAUUCGUAGAAAUCGUAAUAAGUGAUACGUUAUCAUUUCGAUUACGAACAACGCUCGUCACAACUGACGUACUUUUAGCAGUCGUUUGAAAUUAGAUAUGCCAUCCAUAAGCACACACACAAUCAGAGGGGUCGAGCAACUGUUGGAUGAACAAUAGGUGCGAUAUUCGGGAACUGGCUCCACAUUAAGUCAUGGAGCAGGCAGUAGCAAUCCCACACGACUAUCCAGCGCCGGUUGCGACCGAUAGCUAUAUCAUACCAACGCUCGGACUCUACCAUGGCUCGUUUGUGUUCUCCUAUCUGUCCACCUUCUUGUCCUACAUCACGCCGUACGAUCUACCAGUAGUCUAUUGCAUUCUAGAGCUGCUGCGUGAUGCCUUUCAUACGAAGGUAUCCUUCCUCCAGCUGAUUCUCGAGGCCCUCAAGGUUGAGUCGGGAUAUAUAUGCCUGAUAGCGAUUUUUUUCCUAAUAUCGCUUAUACCACUCUGCUACACGAUUGCCUGGGGAUGUGCGAAGGAACCGGACGAUGAUCUUAACCCGGGCCCCACCGUAGAUGCUAUCAUACAGGCGGAGGAGCUAUCGCUCGAAGAGUCUUUGCACUGCCGGAAAAGCUUUCUGGGACUAAUGCUACAGGUCGUCAUACUGCUGUUGAUCGCCGGCGUAAUAGCAAUGUUCGUAACGAACGAGCAAAUUGCCUCAGCCGUUGAUCACACACCUACCGUCGUGCGGUCAUCGUUGCUGGAUGCGGCAACGUUUCUGCGUGACGCUGAAUCACAAAUGCGAUACGUUAUCGCUGAAGGACUCGCUACCGCUACCGAGCGCAUACGGAACGAUCUGGAAAGCAUGGACAAAUUGCUCGGCGAACCGAUUCAGCACCAUCUGGCACUGUUUACCGGUAUCGAUAUCAUCUUCGAGUCUAUCAUUGAGAUCAGCACGAGCAGUAGUAAUCUGUCCCGCCGGAUACAUCUACUGCAGGAUGCACUGGCAAGGGCAGCUAAAAUUUCCUACGAAGCUGAAUAUCGAUUGGAUGAGUUACAGAUACAACUGUCCGUAUUGCAGCGUCAAUGCACCUUCCGUGAUCGUCCACUGUGCGAUACGCUUCGGAUUCGGAACUUUGAAGACACCGGGCUGAUCGAGCGCAUACGAAAGCUGCAGGUCGAUCGAACCCUGGCCAAGUUAAUGGCGAUGGGUGAGGCUAGCCGGAAUAGCAGCAUGCACGCUUUAACCCACGAGCUAACACUAGCGCGUGCCACCUUUCGUAACUAUGCCGUAGAUGUAAGAAACGCGACCGAAGAUCAGGCCGAUCAAGUGCUGGAACGGCUAGAGGAAUUAACUACCGAUACCCAAACAACUAUCGGCAUUCUUACCCAAACGAUUGGGCAGCUUGUGGGGCAGGUAAACCAUACGGCCAACUUUUCCGAUUCCUUCUUUGAUCGGUACCGUGAAAUUGGUGCGAUAUUGUGGCUUGCUGGACUUGCAACCACCAUUAUGACCCUGCUGGUAACGCUCAUACUGCUGAGCGCACUCAGCUGCGGUUGUUGCCAUGCAGACAAUAAGGCCGGUAUCACGCUUAUCCUCGGCGCUAUCUGUAUCUGCAUCGCAAGCCUGGCCCUGUCGGGAUUUACCAUGAUGGAGAUGCUGCUAGGCGCACACGGGCAGCUUUUCAUCUGCCAUCCGCUGUACAACGAGCCGGAGUAUACGGUGCUUCAAAAGCUUAUCGACAAACCGGGACUGAUUUACCCGACCGAACCACAGUAUGGCAUAAUCGGCGAAUUGCUGCGACAGGCGGCACCACCCGAAGCACAUUGGUCACCGCCGGUGCAAAUAGCACUGUCGACAGCGCUGAACAAAUGUGAGCAAGGUCAGGGAUCAUAUUCCACCUUUCAGCUCGAUGCCUUGUUGAAUCUCACCGCUAAACUCGAACCUCAUCAACGGCCCGACCUGGAGCGUGCAAUCGAAAGUGUUGGUGCCAGCGAGGAACCCUUCAUUGGUUUCACCGUGCGCAUACAGAGCAUCCUGGAGGAUAUGCUGUACGAUUCGGACCUUAAUCUUACCGGUACGCGCAUGGAACUGACACAACUCUCACCCGAUAAGGACGUACUCACCUUCAUUGAUCAGCUACAGCGCGUAUCAGCCCAGAUCCAAGACGUGGCCACGGCGAGCCGCAUGACGACACUCGGUUCUCGCGCCAAACGCCUUCAGCUCUCGCUUCUCGCACCACUGGAACAGUUGCGCGGUGACAUCGUCUACCAUCUGACGGCGCUCGAACUUCAGCUAUCGCCGUGGGCCGCUCAGGUUAACAAAAGUCUAACACAUUUGCGCAAUGCACAGACAUUCCUCGACACGGAAUCGGCUGAGGUGUGUUACAACCGUAGUGAUGUGUACCGCGCACGGUUACGGGCACAUCUGGACGCUUACCGGAACUACACGGCCACCGUGCUGAACGAUCGGUGUGCCAGCUGUCGGCCACUGUUCGAUAUCUUCGAUGCGAUGCGUAUGCUUUUCUGUCACCACAUUAUGGAUCCGAUGAAUGGGCUCUGGUUUUCGGCCUUCCUGUGUCUGUUCCUGUGGGCUGUGGCUACUCCGCUGUCACUAAUGCUUUCGUCUACGUAUAGGCGACUCGAGAUACUCUCCAGCAAGCUGCAACACUCCAACAGCCAUCGCUACAAUGCUCGUGCUUCCGCCCGCGAAGAUCAACGGGAAUCUAGUCACUGGUCAACGCAACGAUCCAACGUCAGUGUCAUGCAGGAUAUAGAUAGAUCUAAUUGGUAAUCGACACGAGAUUUGGUUCCGAAAUUAUCGAAAGAAUCUCCGUUUUUCCCCCCCUCAUCAUGCACGUGCCUUCACAUUAAUUGUUUGCAUACGGCUGCGAAUAUUUUCCGGUUCCGGAGCUAGAAUCUCGUUCGAACACGUGCACACUGCCAUUGCCAACCAAAGUGUUAGUAACGAUGCAGAAAGUAUAAUAAGGGAGUCGCGGAUAAAACCAAUCCCAACCACACCAUGCGCACUACGCCCAGACACAUACACACAUGCACACAAACGAUACGCUUGCAUUCUCUCUUUCUCUCCUUCCCGUUCCUUCCCACCAUCGACACACACGGCCACGAAGAUCUGUCUCGGUGCACGUGAACGCGAUGGCCGAGUCCAGCACCGAUGAGGAGCUCCCGCACUACACGGCAUCCGGCAGCGAUGAGGAUGCUGGCACCGACGAAGGUGCGGUCGUUAUCGAGUACAUCGAGUUGCGUUACGA